UCUUCACUGAACAUAACCCUCGAGACCCUAUCCUAGUGGCAACCUCGAUUUCGUUUCUUUGACCUUGCCCGUCUAUCCGCAGCUCGUCGACCCUCCACGCCCACAUGUGUCGCAUACUUCCCCGGGCAGGCCCACGAUAAUCCAGUAUGCAGUUGCCUCCGGUGGAUGUCCUCCUGUCCUGGCCGACCCCGAAUUAUAUUGACCCGGAAACGCGCGGCCCUGCCCUCCUCAUUGUCAACAGCAUCCUCAUAGCACUGACCGUCCUCACUGUGGCUGCCCGUUUAUACACGCGUCUAGUAAUCAAGAGGUGGUUUGGUAUCGACGAUGUCUUCAUCCUUAUCGCGCUGCUCUUCACAUGCGGUCUCACUGCCGUCGUUCUCCUGGCAAACCUACGAUUUGGAUGGAAUAGACAUGUUUGGGAUAUCCCCUUUUCCAUGUUCGUUCCCGCCUUUAAAAUCGCCAUGACAGCCAAGGUGGUCUUCACAGCGGCCGCGAGCUUCACGAGGCUCUCUCUGCAUUGCUUCUAUUACCGAUUGAUCUCGGACUCGGGGAAGACAUGGUUCAAGUGGGCGGUUCAUGUCAAUGUUGUCUACACACUCGGCAUCUUGAUAUCAUUCCCCUUCAUCGCCAUCUUCUUCUGCACACCCAUCAAGAACUAUUGGACUGUCGGUGCACCGGCAGACACUUGUAUGGACGAGGGAGUUGCGACUCUCAUUUGCGGGAUUAUCAACUGCGUCGCGGACUUUCUCACUACGGUAACACCGAUCCCCUUGGUCAUGGGCCUUCACAUGCGUCUGCGUGAGCGCAUGGCCGUCGCCGCGCUCUUUGCAAUGGGACUGAUUGUCACCGCUGCUGGUAUCGUGCGUACCUGGUUCAUCUAUCGGAGUCUCUUCGAUGAGUACGAUCAAACCUGGUACGCAUAUCCACUUUGGAUCGCGGCCGCUGUAGAGAUCGACUUGGGUGUAAUAUGUGCCUCAGCUCCAGUACUGAAACCUCUCCUUGCGAAGAUCCCCUUCAGUCUAUCACAAUCCCUCUCAGCGUCGCAUUCCACGAACCGGAAAUCCGAAGCACCCCGCAACGUGCCAGAGCUCGCAAAUGACAAGGGCAACAGCUAUGAGAUGAAGCAUUGGGCGGAUACAGAACAGGACCUGGAGCGAGGAAGCCAGGAAGCCAUCUUGGAAGAGGAGGAAGCUCCCAAGACGGGGAUGUCUCGCCUGUGGGGUAAGAUCCGGCCGAAGAGCGAAAAUGGAAACAUGAAUACGGAUACCGACAUGACGAUCACCUUGACCAGCGAAGUGGAACUACAAGUCGAACCAAUGAAGCGACGUCCGGCGCGGUACGAAACACACGGUGACCUGCACGAGAACCACAUGCCAUUACCACCGUUAGCACCGCGAUCCAGCGGACAAGAUCGGUAACGCCACGUCCCGGCUUGCGCGAUCAAAAUCGACAGCGACGUCUUCGAUUCGAAACUAAAGAUCUCACGUCGCGCAUCAUGUACGCGCAAGCGGGGAAUAUAAAGUUAUGACUGGCAUAUUGGGGGCGCUUACAUCUUGGUGGUUUUUUUUGCAACGCUUUAGCAUAUGAUACCAUGUUCGACUGCUCUAUUAAGGGUACAAAACUAGACGUUUCAG